UGCACAUUUUGUCAUAGAUUUAUUUUUUAAUGAUUGUCAAAAAAAAAAAGACCAAAUUAGUAAAAUUAAAUAAUUUUAUAGAAUAAAUAUAUUAAAAAAAAAUCAGUAAAAAUAAAUUUAAUCGGUAACAAUGAAAAAUUAAGUGCUUAAUUCAAUAUAGAGUAACAGAUUAAUGGGCGGGCAUAACAGUUAGCCACCCCUUCCAACGGUCAUCGUUAUCCAAAACUACCUCUGCAAAUUCUACCUUUCAUCUUCAUCUUCUUCUUCUUCUUCCGCCCUUUUCUCUGCAACUUCAAUUUUCAAUCCAUCCACCAAAAACCCUUCAUAAACCCUAAUUUUCCGACCCCAAUUUCCCCAAUUUCUGAUGCUAAUUCAUUCAAAUCCAACAUGCUAAAAACUCUAACCUUCACUCUUUCUCUCUCCUCUCAACCUUUUCUCUCUUCUAAACCAAACCCAUUUCCCAAUUUCCCUCAAAACCCAGUAUUACUAUUUCCCCAAAAAUCCCCCUUUUUCUCAAAACCGUACUCUCUCUCCUCCGAUUUCAAGCUCAAAGCUAAAACCAAAGACCUAAUUCUGGGCAACCCAUCAUUCACACUUGAAAAGGGUAAGUAUAGUUAUGAUAUCGAGACUUUAAUUAAUAAGUUGAGUAGUCUUCCUCCUAGAGGGUCUAUUGCUAGAUGUCUUGAUGCCUUUAAAAGUAAGCUUUCUCUUAAUGAUUUUGCUUUGGUUUUUAAGGAAUUUGCUCAAAGGGGUGAUUGGCAAAGAUCCGUAAGAUUGUUUAAAUAUAUGCAGCGCCAAAUUUGGUGCAAACCUAAUGAACAUAUAUAUACUAUAAUCAUUGGGGUGUUGGGUAGAGAAGGGUUGCUUGAGAAAUGUCAUGAGGUGUUUGAUGAUAUGCCUGUUCAUAGUGUACCUCGUAGCGUGUUUUCGUAUACUGCUUUGAUUAAUGCUUAUGGUAGGAAUGGUCAGUAUGAGACCGCCCUUAAGUUGUUGCAUAGGAUGAAGAAAGAGAGGGUGGCUCCUAAUAUAUUGACUUAUAAUACUGUGAUUAAUUCUUGUGCUAGGGGUGGGUUGGAUUGGGAGGAGUUGUUGGGGUUGUUUGCUGAGAUGAGGCAUGAAGGGGUUCAGCCUGAUAUCGUGACUUAUAACACGUUGCUUAGCGCUUGUGCUAGUAGAGGGUUGGGUGAUGAGGCUGAGAUGGUGUUUAGGACUAUGAAUGAGAGUGGAGUUUUGCCUGAUAUAACGACAUAUAGCUAUGUUGUUGAGACAUUUAGCAAGUUAGGUGAGCUUGGAAAGGUUUCUGAACUUUUGAAAGAGAUGGAACUGAGUGGUAAAAUGCCUGAUAUUUCCUCGUAUAAUGUGUUAUUGGAAGCUUAUGCACAUAAGGGAUCCAUUAAAGAGGCCAUGGGGGUGUUUAGGCAGAUGCAAGAAGCGGGUUGCAUGCCAAAUGCGAGUACCUAUAGUAUUUUGUUGAACUUGUAUGGUGGUCAAGGGAGGUAUGAUGAUGUUCGUGACCUUUUCCUUGAGAUGAAAGUGAGCAACACUGAGCCAGAUGCUGCAACUUAUAAUAUUCUUAUACAGGUUUUUGGCGAGGGUGGUUAUUUUAAGGAAGUGGUGACUUUAUUCCAUGAUAUGGUGGAGGAGAAUGUCGAGCCAAAUAUGGAGACCUAUGAAGGGUUGGUGUUUGCUUGUGGGAAAGGAGGGUUGUAUCAGGACGCAAAAGAGGUUUUAUUACAUAUGAGUGAAAAAGGCUUGGUGCCAACUGCUAAGGCCUACACUGGUGUUAUUGAGGCUUAUGGGCAAGCUGGGCUGUAUGAGGAAGCUCUUGUUGCGUUUAACACUAUGAAUGAGGUGGGAAGUAAGCCCACUUUGGAAACCUUUAACUCUUUGAUUCACACAUAUGCAAGGGGUGGACUUUAUAGGGAGGUAGGAGCAAUCGUGACUAGGAUGAUUGAGUCUGGCAUAGGAAGGAACAGUGAUUCUUUUAAUGGUGUUAUUGAAGGUUUUAGACAGGGAGGUCAGUUUGAGGAGGCCAUAAAGGCCUAUGUUGAAAUGGACAGUGCAAAAUGUGACCCAAAUGAGCAAACACUUGAGGCAGUCUUAAGUGUUUACUACUUUGCUGGGCUUGUUGAAGAGGCAGAAGAGCAGUUUCAAGAGAUCAAAGCAUUCGGAAUCCUACCAAGCGUGAUGUGCUACUGCAUGAUGCUUGCGGUCUAUGCGAAAACUGACAGGUUAAACAAUGCAUACGAAUUGCUGAAUGAAAUGCUGAAUCACAAGACUUCCAAUAUUCAUCAAGUGAUUGCUCAGAUGAUCAAGGGAGAUUUUGAUGAUGACUCCAACUGGCAGAUGGUAGAAUACGUAUUUGACAAACUUAAUUCUGAAGGCUGUGGCUUUGGAAUGAAAUUCUACAACACUCUUUUAGAAGCGCUUUGGUGGCUUGGCCAGGAGGCACGUGCAGCAAGGGUACUCAAAGAAGCAACGAAAAGGGGACUUUUUCCUGAAUUGUUUCGUGUCAACAAGUUGGUCUGGUCUCUUGAUGUACAUAGGAUGUGGCCUGGAGGCAUAUGUGCAGCAAUAUCAGUUUGGCUCAAUGAUAUGGUAAAGAUGUUCAAGGAUGGGACAAGUCUUCCGCAACUAGCAACUCUUGUUGUAGUCAGAAGGGGAGACAUGGAGAAAAGCUCUGUAGCAGAGAAUUUUCCGGUUGCAAAGGUGGCUAAUUCUUUUCUAAAGGAUGUUUUGCCAUCAUCCCAAUUUAGUUUCCCUGGUUGGAACAAAGGCCGUAUUGUGAGCCAGUCAACCCAGCUUAAGCAGCUAUUGUCUGAAAUUAAGCAAAACUCUGGUGAUUCUGAGACAGGCGAAGUGAUUAGACUCAGCAAUGCCCCUUUGCCUCUUCCUUUAUCAAGGACGUCUAUUGGCUCUGGUAGGAAAGAGAAACAUAGCAAUGAUAAAAGAGAUACUAUCUCGAGAAGACAGAAGGAACUUAUGCCUAGUACGGUUUAAGGAAGAGACUCCAUUUCAAUUGUCCACUUUUCAAGGUUUUGAGUUCUGCUGAAUGUCAGUCAAAUCAGGCUUCCACGAUUAUGUUGAGGGUCAAUUCAAAAUUUGUUUGGCUGAAAACAGCCAAAGCUAUUUGUUCCAAUGCACCCAACCUGGUUUUCCAACGUUGUUCAAGACAAUGGGAUCUUUUUCCUAGCAACAUGGCUAUGUUGCUACGAGUUUGCAACCCAUGAAGCAAGUAGAAUUCAGAAACGGAAAUUGAUUGCUUUCUCUUACCACUUGUAGUCUUUGUACAUGAUUCCUGUAAAAGAAAUUUUGGGCAAAAGUGUUAGUGUAGUCAGGAAACAGAGCUGGUAACAGUUAGUUAUACUCAGUUUGUAGUCAAAGAACUGGUGUACCCUUGUGAAGAUCCACUAUUAUAAGAAGAAAACGAAAAAAUCAGAUUCCCCUGUAUCGGCUGUACGUUCAAGGAACUUAGAUUUUUUUUUUUUUUUUUUUUUUUUU